AUGGGCUCCUCCUCCUCUUCCUCUGGAGGACUGGCCAUGAGUGCAUCCGCAGGCAUGGCAGGAGUCGGUGCAGGCAAAUCCGGCGCAUCUUUGUCGUAUCUCCCUUACGCCUCUGCAGACCAGCCUUCGUACCACGACAACAAUGGCGCCCCCUACUGGAACACAUUCGACUCUGCUCAGCCAACCGAUCCUUCUUACACCUACGGCGGCCUUCCUAGCGCCCAAUCUGCUUCCUUCGCUGAUGCAAAGUCACGCGCAUUUGACGCGGCAACCGUGCCUUCCACUUCGUCGAUGUACACCUCCCAAUCCAUGCAACACCUUCCGCCUACAAGCAUGGAACCGGCUGUAGUAACGCCGACAUCAGCAAGGCGGGAUCCAAAUGCAGCCACCAGCUCCCAUCAACGCGGUAUCUCCGAGGCGGAGCUUUUGGCUUUCGUCGACCAGCAACGCUCACGCAGAAGCACGGACGAGAGAGACGAGGCGGAUCGCAGGGAUGCAACCGACAGGUCCGAGUCUCUGGAUACGCUGGAUCUCUGUCAUAAGCGCAUCACGCGCGUUCCAGAUGCUCUGACCGACCUGAUCAAAGACCAAGUCGUUCGUCUGGCUCUUGGCUACAACUACCUCACCCGACUGCCCGACAACUUUGCAAAUCUGCACGGUCUCAGAUAUCUCAACGUUCGCGCCAAUAACUUUGCCAACUUUCCCGAAUGCGUCGCCAAAAUGCCCAACCUCGAGAUCCUCGACUUGAGCCGCAACAGGAUCCGCAAGCUGCCGCAAGAGCCCGGCCGUCUUCUUGCCCUUCGUGUACUCUCGCUCAACGCGAAUCGCCUCACCGAGCUGCCAGGAUGGGUAGGCAAGAUGAAGCAUCUCCGCAUCCUCAAGCUCGACAACAACCCGCUCGAGUGGCCACCACCUCACAUUUCCAAGAUGCCCAAUGUCGCGCCACCCAAGCCGCCACCUUCCUCCAACAGCUCGUCAGCAGCCGAGCGUGAAAAGGCAAAGCGCUUUGAAGACCGACAGAUGAUCGUCUGGAUCGCCAAGCUACGCUCGUGGAUCAACAAUCCCGCCAACCAUCCGCAAAGUCUUGGUCCUUCGGGAUCAGGGCUGCAGUUGUCGGCACUUCAGGAGCCAAUACCCGGGCAGCAUUCUAAUGAAGGCAGCGAUACUGCCAGCACUUCGGGCACCGUCCGGCCUGAGCUCCCUGCCUCUCCAUCCGAUGGACUCAUGUCAUUGCAAGUUCAAGUGCCCGAAAGCGUUUCGGAUCGCACGCUCCGACCUGACACACCUCGAGCAGACCCACUCUCACAUGAGGCACCAGACACUGCUCGGAUCGUUAUGGAAGAACUCGCGCCAAGUGAUGCCAACGCAGUCGCAUCGGGACUGCUUCCUCCCUUGGUUCCGCACUCUUCAAGCGAGGAUAGCACAGGGUACGCCGCUCCGCACUCCAUUCAGCCGGAUCCCUCCGUUUCAAGAGGCGAGGUUGACACUACCGCCAAACCUUCUCAGCACUUCAUGCAAAGCUCCCGAUCGCCGUCCACUUCAAGCGCAGGUCACAGCGAUCGACCCACGCACGGCCUUCCUAGCCAUGUCGCCUCCGACGACAAAGACUCCCGACAGCAUGCACGCAACAACUCGCAUUCCGUCGCUCAGGACAUUGCCGCUACUCAUCAGGUGGAGGCGCGUCGAUCCCUCAAAAGCAAGAAGUCACUUCCUGACUUGCGCAAGAGCCACGAGGCCAUUCUGCAGGAGCGAAGAGAGAUCAUUGUCGACGAGGACGCAGAGAGGAGACCGCUGCAACCAGGCGCGUCGAACGUGACCCAGUCAGAUGCAAAUCGCAGUCAGCUACCGACGUCGACCCUCGCAUCACCCGUCGAGGUCGUUGAUCCUACCCUGUCGCCGUCCGAGGCUCCCGCAAACCCACCUGCCCGGAAGCCGCUGCUACAGAUCCGCCGUGGUCUGCGGCCCAUUCUCGGAAAUGGCGCGUUAGCAUCAGCUCGCCAGACACAUGAGAAUGGGAUGCUCAGCGCAGCGCAACCUGGCGCGAGUCAGGGACAAGGAGGCGGACUCCGCAAACUGAGCUUGCCAACAGUGGGUGCGACACAAGCAGCUGCCGAGGCCGCGGCUGCGGCGUUGGCUGGUCGAACGGGCUACGGACCCACGCAGCAGCGAUUCGACGUCGGUCAUGGCAGAAUGGCAUCAGAUCGGGGUGAAGGGAACUGGCCUUCUCGUUCAGCAUCGCCGACGGUCAACGGCGCGCGCAAUACAGCGGACCAGGAGCGCAACAGCUAUUUCCGGCGUCUCUCUACCUUGCCGUCCUCGACCAUCUCGAAAGCAGUGCCGGUGCCGGUGCUGAAAUUUGUUGAUGGCACGCGCGGGGUCCUGUUUGCACUCUCGCAGAUUCAUGCCGCCAUCGGUCAAUUCAUGACGCCCGUCAUCGACGAGCGGAUCUCGAGUCAAUUCCAUCGACUGCUCGACAUCUCGAACGGUUCGGUCGGCAACCUGAUCAAUGCGUUGGAUCGCUUCGAUUCGCUGUCACGACGUGGCACGCCAGAUCCCAGCGUCAUCCGUGGCGUGCUGGUCACCUGCAAAGACUCGGUCAUCACUUUCCGCAAGCUGGUUAGCGUACUGCAGCUCCAAUUGCGAGCACUUCAGAGCAGCUCCGAUGUCCGCUACGCUCGAACACUGCUGCUGAUGCUCUACGGCAGCAUGGCCGAAGUGAGCAACAGCUGGACCGAGAUGGCGCCGCUGGUGGAAGCGGUCCAGCCGUAUCUCACUCAGACUGAUGGCGAGAUCAGCUCCCCAGCCUCGUCGGACGCCGUCUCUACUUCUGCAGCAACUUCCUCGGCUCCUGUUAGCGAGAGGGCGACUCCGCCGUCGGCACGUGCGGGCACACUUCUGCAGAAGAGCAUGAGCAGCACCAGCAACGGAUCUGCGCCGAUGCUGCCGAGCAUCGCAGAGGCCACCACACCUUCACGUGCAGGCAGCCGGCCGUACAUUGCUCGUGGUCCGAGCCGACGCCGUCAUGCUGGCUCUUUCAGUGCUCAGGAUCUGGCCCAAGGGGCAGCGAUGACACCGAGCAACAGCAGUCAGCAGCCGCCCUUCAACCUGGAAGAUCUCCAGGCCACCUCUGCAUACAACACGCCAGCACGCGGCGCCAGAGAUCGCCGCCAAGGCAGUCUCGGCAACAGCGCAAGCAGCGCUGCUACCUUUGCGCAAUCGGAAGGCUCCGAUCGCAGUGCAGUGGUAGACGGCAUCCAGUCGACAGCACCCAGCACACCUGGCGGCAACACGGCAACAUCAUCUGCGCAACGAACGAUCUACGCGACACCAGGCGCGACGAGCACGCCCAUGUCGUCCAGGCAGAAGCGCUCUGGCUCGAAUGCCAGCUCAGCUGUAGAUGCAUCCGCCGUCACACCGAGAAGUCAAGCGACGACGCCUGCAACGCCCGCUGCUGGCACGGCAAAGCGCAGCCUGCACGCCACAACGCCAUCUUCCGCGAAUGCGCCUGCUGCCGCUGCUGCUUCGGGACCGACUGCAGCGGGUAGCAGGUUGCACAUGGCUGUCUCGGAUCCCAAGGUGACCGUGGACGACCAUUUGCUCGAGAUGGUCGAUAAUAUAACAAAGUUGUCGGCACGGGUCUGGUCGAUGAUGUUCGAGCAUCUUCGUUCGGCUGGCGUGGAUGCUAAAGUCGAGGGCUCGUCUAAGGUCUCGCCUGCGGACGACAAGAAUGCAUCAACAGGACUGGAGGGAGAGGAGGACAGCGAUGGUGCGACGAAGGUGAAUGAAGUCGAGGGCGAGCAGGACGCUGCCGACUCCACGGUCGCUGCGCCCGCGCAGGAUGCAGAGGCGGUCAAGAAGCUGCGCGAGUUGCGAAUCCUGGCCCAGGUCACUGACGAUCUCACUUCGCAGCUGCGUUCCACUUACCUGCGCGCUCGGGAAGAAGAACAACGAGGCUCAUCGAUCGACAGCAGCUCCUCGCCCGUAAACGCUUCCGCCCAGGAAGGUGUGACUGCCAACGACUUGAAGGCGGACGCGGUCGCAGCUCCUUCACCAGACAACAUCUCACAGUCCACAGUGACGAAGCUGUUCGACGAAUCGCACGAGUUCGUGCGCGCCAUCGUCAACACGUCGACGCUGAUCAAGGCGAUUUCGGUCGGGCACGAGUUCCCGCGCGAGGUGCGACGCUUGCUCGGCCAGGUGGCCCAGGCGUGUUCCAACCUGACCGUCUAUCUGCUGUGGCUGAGUCCCACUGGUGUUUCAUAG